UUCGGGGAAACCGAUGACUGUGUGUGAUAAAGACAUUGAACUCUGCAGUGUCCUGCCUUUCUGUUUAAUUUUGUCCCCCUGUUUCUUUCUUUCUUUCGUUCUUUCUUUCGUUCUUUCUUUCGUUCUUUCGUUCUUUCUGUGCCCUCGCCUAUAAGUGGACUCUCUAUUUGUCCAAGGAGGCUCAACUGAGCCACACCUCGGUCAUUACGCCCUGAAACCGCCAGUGCAAUCACCCGCGUCUCAUUUAGAUAAACCUGUGCAAGCAAACAUGUCGUAUUGACAUUCAGACUUUCACUGAAAAACUCACAGGCCUGUGAGGGCGCCCAUGAUAUUUAUUUAGAUAAAAAAGGUGGAAGUGGUGGAAGAUGUUGUCAGUAAAAAAUAGCCAUACAUUAAUAUAAUCGGUUGCUAUAAGUAACAAAUCGCAAAUAAAUCAUCACAAACUUUGCAGAUCCCUCAGAUCUCAGAAUGCUUUGGCUUCUUCUCUGCAAUUUUACUGUUGUGGUUGAAUCUCAGAUUCUUUUUUCAGAGAAAAAGAAUAAAAAGCUUUUACAAAUUCACUGAACAAUUAAAUAACAUAUGGCACAAAGCACAAAACUCAGAAACCAAAGAUAAGGGAGGUGGUGGAGACCAAAUCAGAGCUAAAAGGGACCUUUAAAUAACUUAAAUAAAUAAAUAAAUACAUAAAUAAAUAAUAAUAAAAUAAAUAAUAUUGCUAAUAAUGUGUGGGAUUUUUGUUUGCUACUGUAAACUACUUGGUAUCAGCUUUACAGCAAGAAUUUACAGCAAGAAUUAAUAUUUAGAGAUAACAAAUGAAUCCUGUACUCUUGCCAUCAUCAUAAACCACCUUUAGAACUAUAUUAAAAAAACACACACACAGAAAACUGCCCUGAUAUGUAAAAAUAUGUCGGAUGCUUCAUUGAAAGAACAUUGGAGUCAGUGCCUCCUUCCAACAGUAGGUGGCACUGUGGUACAAACACACUGGCUCGUUGACGCUGUGACGUCAUUAACAAUGACCAAUCAGGAUGUUCUUGUCACCACAUCCAGGAAGUAAACGCAAAAACUUGAAAACAAGCCGUGUGUGUGUGUGUUUUUUGUAGCAGUCAGGACACGACGUUAGAGACAGAGACAGACAGAGACAGUAAUGUCCUUAACCACUUUAACCUCCAUAUACAGACUGAGGUCUCUCUGCAGACUGCAGCGAAUCCAGGGACACAUGAUGUCGAGUCAAGUGGAACCAGAGGUUCUCCUGGAGAAAGUGGCCAGAGCAGGUGUGAUCACUCUGAACCGACCCAAAGCCCUGAACGCCCUCAACCUGCCCAUGGUCCGUCAAAUCUACCCUCAGCUGAAGAAAUGGGAAAAUGACGAUGAUAUCGACAUUGUCCUAAUCAAAGGAGCAGGCGUGAAAGCUUUCUGUGCUGGUGGAGACAUCAGAGCGGUCACAGAAGCAGGGAAAGCCGGGGACUCUCUGGCACAGGACUUUUUCCGUGAAGAAUACAUUCUCAACAAUGCUAUUGGAUCGUACAGGAAGCCGUAUAUCGCCCUUAUUGAUGGAAUAACGAUGGGAGGGGGCGUUGGUCUGUCUGUUCAUGGGCGGUUUCAAGUGGCCACUGAGAAGACGCUGUUUGCAAUGCCGGAGACUGCCAUAGGGCUUUUCCCUGAUGUGGGAGGUGGCCAUUUCCUGCCAAGGCUCCGCGGCAAGUUGGGUCUGUUCCUGGCUUUGACCGGCUUCCGCCUCAAGGGACGCGAUGUGCAGAGAGCUGGAGUCGCCACACACUUUGUAGAGUCGAAGAAGAUCCCAGACCUGGAGAAAGACCUGGUGGAUUUAAAGUCUCCUUCUACUGAAGACAUCAGCAGAGUGUUGGACACCUACCAGAACCAGAGUGAUCUCGAUGCUGAGAAGCCUUUUGUCCUGGAGAAGCACGUGUCUGAUAUUGACAGGUUGUUCAGCUCCAGCAGUGUGGAAGGAAUAAUGCAGAACCUGAAAGCCGAUGGCUCCGAGUUCGCAAACAAACAGGCCGAGAUGUUGUCCAAAAUGUCUCCCAUGUCCCUGAAGAUGACCUACAAGCAGCUGCAGGCGGGAGCCUCUCUGAGCCUGCAGGACGUGUUGGUGAUGGAGUAUCGACUGUCUCAGGCCUGCAUGAGGGGCCAUGACUUCUAUGAGGGUGUAAGAGCCGUGCUGGUCGACCGGGACCAGAAUCCCAAGUGGAAGCCGUCAAAGCUGGAGGAGGUUUCUGAGCAGAGCUUGGAGCAGUGCUUUGCCUCACUGGGAGAGAAGGACCUAACGUUCUGAUUAUGCCGUGUGUGCAACAUUCAAACACUCACCACUAACCCCUCCAGUAAACCGUUUCAUUCUGUCCCCACAACCCUGUUUGGUCGUCUGAGAGGAGGACUGUGCCGCUGAGGAUGGGUCUGUUAUUUCACGACAAAUGUGAAGAUCAUGUAAGUUACACUUGGCGGAGCAGUGGCUAGCAUUGUUGCUUCACAGCGAGAAGGUCACAAGUUCAAAUCCUGGUUCAACUAAGGGCCUUUUGUGUGGAGUUUGCAUAUUCUCCCCGUGUGUGUGUGUGUGUGUGUGUGUGUGUGUGUGGGUUCCUCCCUCCCACAGUCCAAAAUCAUGCAGUUUGGUGAUUAGUUUAAUUGAACACUUUCUAAUUAGACAGUCUAGUUUGACCACAGGUGUGAGUGUGAGAGAGUGAAUGGUUGUUCCUAUGUUAGGGCUGUUUUUAAUACUACUAGGUAGUCACCUUAUUACCUAAUUAUGGCCUAAUUAAUCUCACAUUAGGAAAUAAAUUAUUAAAAGUUUGCUUUUCUUCUAAUGACUAAAUUAAACUACACAUAGAACUAUGGGAAUUAGAUUUGUGUCAAUAUUUUCAAAUAACACUAUACGAAGCAAACAGUUUUUAAGAAGCAAAUAAAAUAUCGAUUUAAUCAUUGAAAAUACACUUGUUCUUUGUGCCGUGUUUUUUUGUGUUUGUGGGCGGGUCUUAGGAAACUACUUGCUGAUUGGCUACUCAAUUUUGGAGCGACAGCUCAAUAGUCACAGGGCUUUCAGUUGCUGUCCAUCUGGAACUCUUUCCCCCGUCGACAUCCAACAAAAUAAUUAUUAGUCUGUAACGUUUGUAAUCUGACAAACGUAAUUAUUUUGUCGGAUGUCGACUGGGAAAACAUGGGGAACGAGUUUCAGACGGAGAGCGACUCCAAGCCUGUGACAGCGUCCGGUCUACUGAGACGAUUGAGGCGUCCAAAUGGAAGUCGCCGGGCAGCUGCUGCCAGCCUAUUACGGACACUAUCGGUGCCCGGAAUGGUAAAUUUGCCCCUUACUUUCCACUUGUUGGCGAUGAUGUUUGUUUUAACAACUUUUGUUUUAUCAAUAAAACGAAAACUUGCGCCCCAACGAUCCCUCACCUGUCUCUCCAUCUUCAGCUACUAUCUCUCUCUCUCUUGGCAAGUGACUGAUUUGCGCAGAUAAUUCCUGGCUUUCAUGUCGCAGUGGCGGCUGCUGCAUCAGCAUGAGGACACAGGGAAGGGAAAAGCGAUCUCUCCACUGAGUGCUUUGUUACAUUUCCUGAGGGUGUUCGUUGACGUAACACUGCUCAGUAUCAUCCGUAUUUCUGCAGAGGCCACUUGUUCUCGUACACAUAACCUAAUGUCUCUAUUUUGUUCUAAAAGCAUUUUCAUGAUUGUUUCGCUGCAUUAUAGAGACAAAUAUGGCUUCGGCUGUGUGUUGUCAAUGUUUGUCAUAUUGUGUGGUUUUUAGGUUUCUCAAAACAUCUUUCAAAAUUAAUGAGCGUUUCGGGGCUCCCAAAACACUGGUUCCAUGUGGAUAAAACGACAAUAAGAUUAAAAAUUAUACCUAAUGA